AUGUUCAUCUAUCCUCUGUUUAUUACUGAUAACGAUGACGAAGAAUCGGAGAUUGCUUCAUUACCCAAUCAAAAACGAUGGGGUAUCAACAAAGUAUUACCAUAUGUUGAGACACUAGUGAAAAAGGGAUUAACAUCAGUGAUUUUAUUUGGAGUUCCUUUGAAGGAAGGUGUUAAAGAUGAAUUUGGAACGGCAGCUGAUGAUCCAGAAGGUCCAGUUAUUCGCACUAUUAAAGCACUUCGUAGCAGGUUCCCUGAUCUGUUUGUCAUGUGUGACGUUUGUUUGUGUGAAUACACUUCUCAUGGUCACUGUGGUGUACUGAGAGAAGAUGGAUCGAUUAUCCGUGAAAAGUCUGUUCAAAGACUUGCUGCUGUAGCAGUCAAUUACGCCAAAGCUGGGGCUCAUGCUGUUGCUCCUUCUGAUAUGAUUGAUGGCCGUAUUCGUGAGAUCAAGCAGGGACUUAUUGACAACGGACUGGCUCAUCGUACUCUCUUAAUGUCAUACUCUGCCAAGUUUGCUGGUAACCUGUACGGACCAUUCAGAGACGCAGCUGGAAGUGCACCAUCUCACGGCGACCGUAAAGCGUACCAACUUCCACCUGGCGGCCGAGGUCUAGCCCGACGUGCUCUUCAAAGAGACAUCAACGAAGGUGCCGACGCAUUCAUCAUCAAACCCUCGACAUUCUACCUCGACAUUGUCAGCGAUGCCGCUGAAAUUUGUCGUGACUACCCCAUUGCCACCUACCAAGUCAGCGGAGAAUUCGCCAUGAUCCACGCCGCAGCCGAAAAGGGCGUUGUCGACCUUAAACAAAUGGCCUUCGAGGCUGCUCAAGGCUCUCUCCGAGCAGGCGCCAACCUUCUCAUCUCCUACUUUACACCCGAGUUCCUCGAUUGGCUCGAUUAA